AGAAAGUAAACUAGAGAAAGUGCAGACGCAGUUUGAAGAAUUUUCGUCAUUUCAAAAAUUAUAUUUUUUGAAACAACGAAAAUCCUUUGAAAAUCCUUUGAAAUCCUUUGGUUUACUUUCAUUUAAAAAAUUUAAAGCAUUUAAAAAAAACCCGCUACCGUAUAUAUAUGCAUACACGCGCUUCGCUCCACAUUUUAGUUGGGUGAAUUUUUCCCACGGGGCGCUACAAACAUUGUACCAACUUUUAAUACGUGAGUUUUGACUCCCUGGUUUCCUCGCCGCUGUCGGUACCAUCCCUUCCACUUGGUCCACCCUUGUUCCUGUUCCGUCGUUCGAUAUACAUAUCGACUUCUGCCCGUUUCGUUUAUUUCGUGGUUCUUGCUUCCCAUCGAAUACGUCUCAUACUUUUACUACGUCGAUUUCCCCGUUCCUCUCUACGGUUUUCCCUUCAAAACUUCUGGCAAUAUCCUCUUUCUCUUUCAUGGUGUUGCCACCAGUAUUAGGGACAGAAUAAUGGUAGAGUGGACUAAUUUUAAAUGCAAUUCUACUUUUAAUUAUAAUUUUUCUUUAAUAUUAAUAGCCUUCUUUGUGGAAUUUCAUUUCAUUUAUGUUAUGUCGUGUGUGUUAUCGGUUCGAUGGAAAUAUCUAGAAAAACGAUUUCGAAGUUGCGCGGGUUCGAUUCUGUUUCGCGUUGUUGCCAUCGCGAGACGCAGCAGCACUGUUGGCUAUGUAUACAUGCAGUUGUCUACCCGAAACAUCUCGCCGCUAGGUUCGGAGUAAUUUGUGAAUUUUGUGUUGUUUUCCUUGUGAAAUUUUUAUUGGUGAUUGUUACAAGGAGUUCGUAAUCCCCCUCUUUGUUCAGUUUCGUUACUCCCGUUACCCCCCGUUUAUUUUUCAUUCGUCAUUUUGCAGGUCAUCGAGGAGAAGCAGCGUGGCACGUGGACUCGGAGGAGAGCAAUGUACCUCGCAUGGAGAAAACGCGAGCUCCACUAUCAACGGUAUCGACGACGCCCGAGAACGCGUAACGUAUAGAUGCGGCCUGGCUGUUGAUUCGGUCGCGAUCGGUCAGUGAAGCGACCAUACGUUCGUUCGCGUGAACAUUCCGUCGAUCGAAACGGACCGCGGAGAGGAAACGAGGAAGGAAGGCGUCAAGGAGCGCGCCGGUGCGAAGGAGGAGGAGGAGGAAGAGGAGGAGGAGGAGGAGGAGACGGUGGCGGCGGAGGCGGAGGCGGAGGAGAGAAGCGGAAAAGGAAACGAUCGAGACUCGAAAUCCCCCGAAACCAUGACGCAACAGAGCGGCGCUGGGUCGCCCCAGCAAUUUUGUCUGAGGUGGAACAACUAUCAGACCAAUUUGACCAACGUGUUCGAUCAGCUUCUCCAAAGCGAGAGCUUCGUCGACGUGACCCUCGCCUGCGACGGGCACAGCGUCAAGGCGCACAAGAUGGUCCUAUCCGCGUGUAGCCCGUACUUCCAGGCUCUCUUCUUCGACAAUCCCUGCCAGCAUCCGAUCGUCAUCAUGAAGGACAUCAAGUGGCCGGAGUUGAAGGCCGCGGUAGAGUUCAUGUACAAGGGCGAGAUAAACGUGUCGCAGGAGCAAAUCGGUCCGUUGCUCAAAGUCGCCGAGAGCCUCAAGAUCCGAGGCCUCGCGGACGUCAACAGCGAGCAAGAGCUAACCUCUAGGCCGAGCCUCGAAGAGGUGGCGGCAAACGCUGCGGCGAUGCACAGGAAGAAACGACGUCGAAUAUCGGGAGAAAGAUCGCCACCGGGAAGCAGCCCUGAUCGCCUGGCUCCCGGAAGCCUCCCCGACGAUCAGGACCCUAACUCCGCCGGGGCAGGCGUGAUCGUGCCCGACAUUCACGGCAUGCUGACCAGCAGCUCCACUCCGAGAUCCCUCGGAUCUCCGGGAACUCCCAACGUCUCCGUCACGCCGCAGAUCAAUCUUCAAGAACUCCCGGUAUCGCUGCCUCUACCACCGCCCCCGCCGCCGCCCCAACAGGGCCAGCAGAGCUCGCACUCCAUCUCCGCUCACCAUGUGCCCGGCCACGUGACUUCCGGUCCACACGGCUCCGUCAACCACCUGACCGCUCACGGCCAACAACUCGCCGUUCAGCAGCAGCAGCAGCAGCAGCAACAACAACAGCAGCAGCAACAACAGCAGCAACAACAACAACAGCAGCAACAACAACAGCAGCACCAUCAGCAAGGUCAGCAAGGACAACAGACGCCCGGAGACGAUCUGGAGAUCAAGCCCGGCAUCGCCGAGAUGAUCCGCGAGGAGGAAAGGGCCAAGUUGUUGGAGUCAUCCCACGCUUGGCUCGGAGCCUCCACGUCGAGUAUAGCAGCAGACAGCUACCAAUAUCAGCUGCAGUCGAUGUGGCAGAAGUGCUGGAACACCAAUCAGAGCCUGGUGCACAAUCUACGCUUCCGAGAACGCGGUCCGCUCAAGUCCUGGCGACCGGAAACGAUGGCGGAAGCGAUCUUCAGCGUCCUCAAGGAAGGAUUGUCUUUGAGCCAAGCUGCCAGGAAGUACGACAUCCCCUACCCGACGUUCGUCCUGUACGCCAAUCGAGUGCACAACAUGCUGGGUCCGAGCGCCGACGGCGGGGCCGGUGAGUAUCUCCGGCCGAAAGGAAGAGGCAGACCGCAGAGGAUUCUACUGGGUGUCUGGCCCGACGAGCAUAUUCGCGGGGUGAUUCGAGCCGUGGUGUUCCGCGAUGGUCACUCUCCACACAUCGUCAAGGAAGAGCCAACCUCCAUGUAUCCAAGUUUGGCGAAUUACGCCGCCUGCAACGGACCGGAAGGCGCGGUCAGCCCUGGAGCGGCAGCCGCUGCCGCGGUUGCCGCGGUCGCUCAAGAAAGGAUAACAUGGAGGUCGUUUGCUGGCGCAGGUCUGCGACAUCAGAUGUGCAGCAUGGUGGCGGCAGCGCAUUCGCAGCAGCACGACAUGAUGGCGACGAACCUGUCGACGAAUCUCUCGGCGAACCUGUCGACCAGCCUCUCGUCGAACCUGCAAGCGGCGAUGCAGGCCAGCCAGCAUCAUCACAACAGCAACAACAGCGGAGCGGGUAUAAUCGGCAGCAACAACGGCAGCGGUGGUGUCGGCGUAGGUGUCGGUGGUGGCGGUAACAACGGAAACUCGCCGCUGAAUCUGGGCUUGGCCAGUCCAGGGUCCGGUGGUCCCCCCGAAAGCCCGAUGGAGAGUCCCCUUGCGAGUCCGCUGGGUCCCCUGAUGGAUCCUGGACACAUACCCAGCAGCGUGGAGGUGGGCAUCGGCGUCAGCGGAAUGACCUACAAGCCCGCGCGGAGCUUUGUCAGCCCGCGACCCGAGAAUCUCUUCCAGGAGGACAUCGCGGACCUCGUCAAGAGUCCUCACGGACUCAAAGACAAGGACAAGAUCCCCGUGAAGCUGGAGCCGUUGACCGACUCCCGUUGCGAAUAGUAAGAUGGACGGAGCCGAGGACGAAUGAGCUAAUCGUUGCAUCGGCGCUCCGUUUCCACCGCGAUCCCAGCAGGCUUCUUCUGCUCAGCCGUGACUGCGAGCAGCAGCCUGCUCUUUCCGCGGAAUUCACGACGGAGGCGGCGUUCGUAACGUCACGGAUCGUCGACUCGAUCCGUUCCAUUCCAGGAGCUGGUCGAUCGAUCGAGGUCCGUUCGAUCGCGACCGAGCCGUCGCUGGCGCGGCUGCUCGAUUCGUUCGGUCUCUCGAUUCCAAGGGCCGUCGUCCGAUCGACGAAUCCCAGUUUCCCCGAAGCUCGACGACACGCGAUAGCGCGCUAAAAAAUAUUCCAAUAUCGACGCAAUGUUUUUCAGUCCGCUAUCCGUGCACCGAGUUACGUGAAAAUUGGAGAUUGCCAAUUGUACGACGUUCCUUGUCAGUCUCGAACGGUCCGCGCGACGAUUCGUCCUCGCAGCGACGCUAGAGUAUACCGCACCGAUCUCGAACGAGAUCGAGGAUCACAAUCAAAACAAAAGAGGGAGGGAGACGAAUGGAUGAGAGGCGCGGCCCGAGCCAUCGGGUGGGCGACGUGCAGUGGUUCAGAAAUCGAAAGUCCUGGCCAAUAUUCCAAUGGAUAUUCGAGAAAUUUCAUCUUCUACGUAUUUUAAUAAAUUACUCGGGAAAGCAGAAAAAGAAACGCGAUCUAUUCUAAUUUUGUUUUUUUUUUCAAAUUAACGUGUAUUUUGGGAAAGCUAACUUCUAGGCGUACAAUCUUGUUUCUAAUACAGAUAUAUCGCCUUUAGAAUCAUUUAUACCGAAUCCACUAAACAGACCUGGAAAAGAUUUUAUGUAAUCUUAAAAUAUUCCUGUAAAAACAAUAUAAGAAAUUGAUUAGACGUAAUGGCUAGCAUUCUCCGAUUCUAAACCACUGUGCGGCGGGAGCGCGCGAUCGGUGCUCGAUUUUUGAAAAGCCGAGGGCCGUUUCCUCCGAUCUCGAACAUUGAUCGCGACAAGCUCGAUCGACACCGAAGAUCGCCAAUUCGAAGGGAACGUUCCGUAGCUACCUGCUCGACGACAAUUCGCUCGCGCUAUUCUUCGGCCGAGCGAAGCGAUCGCACAGGAUUCGAAGCGGUGAAACACGCUUCGACUCGAGAUUUAUAUAUCCACGCAUAUACGAUUAACCGUACGUUUAAUGCCAAAUGUAUAGUAAUUGGCGAGCGAUUGCGAGUCGCGAGCCACUAUCCGCGUCGAUCGAUCGACGCUGACAUCGACGCUGUGCGAAAUCGUCGAUUCGAAAAGAGACGCGUCGCAGUUUUUGGUCGGGACUCGACUUAUCGUCAGAGAUGGGCAAAAUUACAAAUUAAAAUCGCUAACGACGAAUGCGAGACUUCUCGUUCGUUGUUGGCCGAAUAAAGAUCGAAAUUUGAAUUAUAGAAUGAUAAUUCUACUUUAACUGCAAGUCUAGCAUUCGAAUGAAAUUUUCCCCGUCUCUGGUGAAGGGAAAGAAACGAUCUCACGGUCCAGUCUAUGUAGUAUCGGACCGAGGGAACUCGAGAAGUCGUAAUCGUUUGUUGCGCGUCCAAAGUCUGCUCCCGACUGUCCGUCGAACGAGAUGACGACGUAACCUCUACGGAACGAAAGAAAACAGAAAAAAUUAUGUUGUUCGGCUCGAGCGAACACGUGAGGACGCAAAAGGGAGAACAAUUACCGAUUGCUGUACUUUAUUAACCGUAAAGAUUGCCUUCCUGCCAUAUUUGGGGUAUGCCAAGUAUAAAAAUUAUAAGAUUUAGAGAUUAGGGAAAUGAGAAAUUAACGACGAAAUUCAUUGAAUUUGGAACUGGAGAAAACGUCGAUAGAUGUGUGCGCGUGAGUGCCGAUUGAUUACAUGUGUCGCGUGUCGUGUGUCGUGCGAAUCGACGAAAGAGUACCGAUGCGACUGGAUCGAGAGAAUGGGUGUGAGUGCUUUUGCUUCGGAGAAAUCGUGCUAUUUUUCAAAAUUUUUGCAUGCUGCGCGUACGACUUUUCGCGAAAGGACCCUCGAUCCUCGACAAUCGAAGAACGAUGCGCGUCGGGUAGCCGAUUCGUUUGCGAUUCGAUCGGACGCGGAUCAGGAUGCGCGUCUACUCCUACAGAGAUGGGCAUAGUUUCUUCUUCUAUCGCCGUAUUCACCGAUAACGAGCUGAAAUUUAAUUGUUUACUCAACUUACCGAUGACACAGACGAACUAUAUGUAUAUUGGGCAAAGCAAAAAAGUACACUCAAAUUUCAAAGAAUUUUCGUAAACUCCGGCAAAUUAAAAUUACAAAUAGAAAAAGUUUAAUUUCAUGUUCGAAUAAAAGGAUUGCCCAUCUCUGCUUCUCGAUCGUUCUUCUUGCCACGAACCGCGGUUCAGAGAUUUCGUGCGACGUCCGCGAGAGCCUAGCCAUCCUGGGGGCAGAAAGAGGGGAAAACACAGAGAGAAUGUGGAAGAAUGCGGGUGCGAGUGAGACGUGAAAAAAGAGUGAGGGAACUUUCUAAAAAACUAAAAAAAAGUACAGAUUUUUUAAAGUUGGCACACCGGUUCGAGUGACUCUUUGUAAGUAUUAAAAAGUAAACAAGAAAAAAAAAUUCGAAGUGGCCUUCUGUAAAAGGAAAAGACCAUCGCUUUUCGCUUUUGCUCGGAAAAUGGAAGCGCAUAGGUUUUGUCCGUCGUGUUAUCCGUUUGUCUAGACAAUUUUUCGGAAAUAAAAAUGAAACGUUGUUCUCGCGCCACUCCCCUACCUUUAGGGAAGCUUUAAGGAAAAUAAAAAAGACGGUUUGUAGGAAAAGUGCUCGAGGAGCUAUCGAUUAGAAAAAUUGUAUUAUUAUCGGCGAUUAGGAAAUUAAAUAUGCCGGGGAAACUCUGAAACGCGUUAUUCUUGAUACGAAAGAUUUUUUUGGGGCGUAAACGAAUAAAAAGAAACGUUUCAGACGGGGGGAAAAAGUACCUCUGGUGGAACUGAAUUUUAUUUUCCGCGGGAAUCGGAACGAUCGAGAGGAAAAGUAGGGAAAAAUAGAGAAAACCGAGGAAACACGGUAGGUCGCGAUUUUAAAAGAUUUUAUUACAAUUUAGGCUUAAUGUGUUCAACGAGAAGGUAAAUUUGAACGAAACCAGCGCCGAGGUCGAAAGAAAUUCGCGAUCCGAAGCGAGGGGUUGGGGGGGUUGAGAGAAAAGAAACAGAGAAAAAAAUUAUACGAGUUCAAAGAGCCGCGAACGAAAUUGCGAGAAUUAGCUGGCCAGGGCGGGUGGGGGGUGGUGGUGGUGGGGGAGGGGUUGCGGAGAGGUCGGGAGAGAAAGUGUGCGAGAGAAAAGGAUGGGGCAUGUGAACAGGCGAGAAUGUGGAAGAGAUUAAAAUUAAUAUUGUAUAAAAAAAAAAAGUAGUAAGUGCCUUCCAAAGAAAAAAAUUUAACGUGUCCCGUAGACCGUGACCACUUGUACAUGAUGAAAAGUCGUUCGAAAUUUCGCAUCACCGUAUGAAUCGUUUGUGACUAAAAAAAAAAGAUGAAAAAAAAGAAACUAUGAAGAGAAAGGGAAAAAAUAAGCAAAGAAUAUUAUUUGUGGGGACGUUGCGUAAAAUUAUGAAACAGUUUGUUCCGAGUAAGCGUAUAUGAUUCUCUUCGUCUCGUCUCGAAGUCUCAGAGCGACGCUGCGCGAUUUCUACGAGGAAUAUUAAACGAGCGCACGGUUUAUAGUCGAGGAUUAGAACCAAAUGGAGGAACUCGAAUAUUUUGCGAAACAAACUUUUGGCUCUUCUUUUACGUACCGACGCGAUGGAAUUUCUUCUGUCGAUUACGCAAUGUGUCUACGAAUCCUUUUGUGUGCGUGAUAAGAGCGAAUGUAACAGGAUCUACAAGCAAACCGGACAAAAUUUCUGUUUCGGAUCUAACCCAUCAACCGGUAAUACCCUGAAUGGCAUAUUCUCGUAAACGUUUCGAGCGAAGAUAGACGGUGUAAAGGAGGGAGGGUAAAAAGCGUGUAGCUUGAAUCAACAGAGGGAACGGAUAUUUCGAGGAACUUUCGUUUACGCAUUUUGAUAUAUAUCUGUGAACGGAUGAAGAAAAAAAAAAACAAAGAUACUUAUAUUACAUACAUAAGGUGUAAGUGAACAAAAAAGCAUCUAAUACGCUAUUAUUGAUAUAGGACACAAAGUAAAGUAAAUAUAUAUAUGAGACAAAAAAGUAUAUAUAUACAUAAAUUGAUAUAUUGACGCUAUAUAAGGUUGCUGCUGGAUGCGUUUUACUUUGAAGGAAGAUGGUGCGCCAGUUUUCCGUUCAAACGUCGUCGAGGACGAAACAAAAGUUCACAGGAUGAGAUUAAGUUAGACAAAAGUAUAAGGACCGUAGAGUCGAAGACAAAGUAGCUCUUAGAAUUUUUAUCGAGGCAAACGUAAGGACGGACGGGCGUGACGCUAGUAUACUUUCCAAGAGACAGUGAGAGGGAGAGAGCACCUGGCCAUUUGUCCUCGUGGCUUCUGCGUUUCGCUCGCUUAUCGAUCGCUCUCUCUCGGGUUUUCCGUCCUCUCGAUCCGUCUUGCGCGUCCAUCUUUCCACGAACACCCGAAACGUGGAUCGAGACGUAACGAUGGGCAAAAUUUCCAGUAACGAGUGAAAAGGUAAAAGAAAUCCUUCGAUAAAAAUUGAAUCGCGUUCGAUCGAAUAAAUUGCUACGCGUCCAACUUAUUUGUCGUCUAUUAUUCGAGAGGAAUUCUGCCCAUCUCUGUCGACGGCAAAAGGAAAAACAUCGCGAAUCGAACGCGAGAUCGAACGAAAGACUCGCGAGCGAGGCGCUCGUAGUCGCGAGGCCAACAACACUCAGCUGCGGCUACAUCGACGCGUUAACGUUUGGAAAUCGUGCUCUUAUUCGAUUAGUUUGAAUUUUUUAUUAGUCGCAUGAAAAAGAUGGUCCGUUAACUACGCUUAGAAACAGUGACAUCCGACUACUCGAUCGAUUCGUUUAUCGCUUAGCUCGAAUAUAAAUUACUUCACGAGCAUGUAAAUAAUUGAAAAGUAUAAUUCGUGCAGUAGAGAGUUGACAUAAAAAAAGGACAAGUUGUUUAACCCUUCUAUACGGGCGACGACUAUAGUCGUUGAAAAUAAUUGAUGGUGGCCGAUCGACGCCAAAGGGCAUAGCAAGCGCAAUGGCCAAUCAACGCCGCGGGCACUGCGAUCGUUGCGCGAUCGGGGAGUCCCGUAGCGAAAGGGUUAACCCCGUAACUCGUAAAUAUUCGAAGCAACGGCUUCUCGAGUAUCGCGGUAUCCGAACGUUAACGCGAGUCUUGUACACACAAAUUUCUAAUGUUCUACUUCAGGAAUCCGUGAAACGGGAUCUAAAAUGUAUCACGCACGCGCCGAACUCUUUUUCUUUAUUUUCUACCUUAGCUUCGAGGUAUAACAUCGUAUUAUAAUUAAUGAUCGACCCGAUAUGCAAGCCACACUUGAUACGCGAUAAAGAAAGGAAAAAGGUACCGAAAAGAAUCCCAGCAAGCGGUAAGAAUGAAGCGAUAAACAAAGCGUAAUAGUCCCGUAUCUACGAUUUAUGGCUAGUUUACAGGACGUGUAACGUGUAACGGCAUUCGCUGUUGAAGAGAAAGAGAAACGUUACGACAGCGGAAGAAGAAACGCGCUCGGAGCAGCGAAUAGAAGGGGAAAAGGCGCGCCCGACAAUCGCGUGUUUUCCAUUUCUUUGCUGCGCUAUAGACCGAACGAUUCGAGGAUAAACUCUAGGUGGCAUCCUAAUUUACAGGAACUAGUAGUCGAGCAAUAGAACCGCACAUUUUUCAGAAACUGAUUAUUUAAUCGUACACACCCCGGCCGCCUGCCGAAAUCCGACACACACGCACACAAACGCGCACCCGACAAUUGUACGGUCACGUACAUGCAUAACCUACAUACACACGUACACAAAGAAAGCACGACGGUAUAGGGGACAGCUACGAACCGGCUGGAGGCAAAAGAUCUUGGCUGCUCAAGGUCACCAACGUUGAACGGACAGAGUCGCAUCGAAAAUACACGGUCGAGUUGCUUUUCUAGCUAGAGGACAAGAUUCUAUUCGUUACAGAUCGAAUAAACAUUAGAAUCUCGAUUAUACGAUACGUCUCGUAUCGAACAAGAUGGAACCAUUGUUCGAUCCAAUAAAAUUUGACGUGCCUCUGCUCCAGACCGACUGAAAUUAUUUGACUUUCUUUAUUACUUCUUGGAAACAUCGAAGAAAUAAGAAAGCUUGAUCGUUGCGACUGGGUGUAAUCGAUCGACGGUCUCGAACGGUCGCAUUCUUUUGCCUCUAUUCGAAGAACGCGGCGAAUAAACGGAAAGUAUUAGCGAGACAAGAAAGAAUGACAGAAAAGGAACAAGUACACUAAAGGAGAACACACAGUACGCUACGCGACAGACAGGCACAGCCGCGCGUUCACUGUAAAUAGAGAGAAUGCAACGUUAAUUGUACGGAAAAGUUCAUCUUUAUUAUCGUAACCUGUAAUAUAUUUAUUUGCCCGAUCGUGAAGAUACUUUUACGUAGUUUAAAGAUCCGAGGCCUCCGUUUCAUUUGAAUCUGUCGCCGAAGCACGCUAACGUGGCAUUGGUCGCGCGCAACGAGGGAAAGCGUUUCGUUUUGGUACGAUGACAAAUAUUUUUCAAAGUGUUUGCGAAUGAAAUUCUGGAGCGUGUGGCCUCUCGGACCAAUGCCUCGCGAUACAAUUGGAAACGAGAUCGAAACAGGACAAUCGUUUCUCGACGUUCUUUACGGAACCGAAACGUCCAUCCUGUCUUCGUUGUUGUUUCUAAUCUCGAUCGAUACGUUCGAAAUCGUCGCGGCCUAUAGAAGAAAAAAAGAAACGCUCGCUAUCCAAGGACGACGACAAACGCAAAGUUUCUUUGCAGAUGGCGAUAGUUUAUAAUUAUUAUUGUUUCUAUUUUACGUUAAACAAUGUAUUUCUUUUGAGUAGAUAGUCGAGAAUUGAUUAAACCGACACACCCAUAUGCGAAUAGUUGCGCGCGUGUCUUUACCGGAGACGCCCGAAAUAAUGUGUAUGUACCCGUGACGAAUCGCGAAGCGACGUUUGUUUUCCGUUCUCUUCCGAACCACCUUGGAAUGCACCGAGACUUCGGAUAGAGAUAGUUUACUUUUUAGUCACGGAUGCAAAGCAAAACCUGUCACCCAUUACAAAUUCCUCUUUUAUUUAUUACCGAUUAGCAUGUAAGAUGACGUUCUACCGACAUAUGCUAUAAUUAUAAAUACACCCUAUAUAUAGUGGA